AUGACAAAAACUAAUAAUGGUGAAUGGAGAUUAUUGGAAGAAUUAAUUGAAAAGAAAAAUGAACGAGAAUCUCGUAUUAAUGAUACAAAUAUUGCUCAACCAACAUUAUUUGCUAUACAAGUUGCAUUAACAGCUUUACUUGUUUCAUGGAAUAUUUAUCCAUCAUCUAUAAUAUCACAUAGUGCUGGUGAUCAAGCAGCUGCUUUUGUUGCUGGUCGAUUAACUUUAGGAAAAACUGUUCAUAUGUUAGCUGUUUCAAUGAGUGAAGAAGAAGUAGAAAAUAAACUUUUGAAAGGUAUUGAACAUUUGGCUUGUAUUGCUGUUGUUAAUAGUCCUCGUUCAGUAUCAAUAAGUGGUGAUGAAAAAACAAUUGAUGAAAUACAACAAAUUCUUUCCAUAUCUUAUCCAAAUGUAUUUAAAGCAUGCGUUCGUAUUGAAAAUGCAUUUCAUUCAUAUCAAAUGAAUCGAUUUGAUAUUGAAAAAGAAAUGCUUUCAUCCUUGAAAGAUAUUCGAGGACUUCCAAUACAAGAUCAAAAACAAAUUUUUGAGCCAAUAUGUGCACAAGCAAAACUUUAUUCAAGUGUUAUUGGUGAGAAAAUGAAUGGUAGUAUACCAGUUGAUGGUCAAUAUUGGUGGUCAAAUGUGAGACAAGCUGUUCGAUUUUAUGAUGCUAUAGCAGCAAUUAUAAAAGAUGAAGCAACCAAUGUUUUUAUUAAAAUUUCACCACAUCCAGUUUUAGCAACAUCUAUUCGUAAAUGUUAUGAAUUAACAAAUCAACAACAAUCAUUACCACUUAUUCUUCCAACAUUAAAAAGAAAAGAAAAUGAACAAAUAACAUUACUUACUAGUUUAGCACAACUUACAAUAUCAUCUCAAGUAUGGCAACAAUAUUUUCAGACUCGUCAAAUUUUACCUAUGAAAUAUCGUGAAGACUAUUUUGAUCAUUUUUCAUUAUAUAAAUUUUAUUUGAGUCUAUGUUGGUAUAAAUCAAAAGAUUCAUCGAUACAACGUUUAGCUAAUCGUAUAUCUACUCAUCCAUUACUUGAUAUUCGUCAAUUAAAUAAACAAACAAGUGCAACAUAG